CUUCGGCUAAGCACUGUUUAUCUGCUGGUGUCUGAGAAGCGCGACAGCGGCGGAGGAAGAACUUUCUAUCCGCGGAAGGCAGGAGGAGACGAGCCCGUGACACUGGCGAUAACUUUACGCAGUAAGUUUCUCGCGGGACGGGGAGUUGAGGAACUUUUCCAAUCCUCUCGCUUUUGUUCCAAACACCGCAGCGCUCGUUACUGAACGCGGACAGUGCUUAACAGCGCCUAAAAGACUGCUUCUGAACUAAAAGUUUCGCUUUGCCUUCUAUGUCUACCAAGAUGGAAACUACUUUCUACGAUGACUCUCUAAACAGCGCUUUCUCUCAGCAUGACAGCGCCACUUUUGGAUACAACCACAAGGCUCUGAAACACAACAUGACGCUCAAUCUGUCCGACCCCGCGGGGAACCUAAAGCCCCACCUGAGGGCCAAAGCCAGCGAUAUCCUCACUUCUCCCGACGUGGGACUUCUCAAACUGGCAUCACCGGAGCUGGAGAGGCUCAUCAUCCAGUCUAGCAACGGCAUGAUCACCACGACGCCAACUCCGACCCAGUUUCUGUGUCCCAAGAACGUGACGGAUGAGCAGGAGGGGUUCGCGGAGGGCUUUGUGAGGGCACUGGCUGAGCUGCACCACCAGCACAUGCCCAACGUCACCUCGGCUCCCCAAACUACUAUCAACAGCAGCAUGGCACCGGUCUCGUCCAUAGCGGGCGGUGCGGUCUACAGCUCAGCCAUGCGCGCUGAUCCGCCGGUUUACGCGGAUCUGAACACGUUCAACCCUGCUAUCAGCAGCAGCUCGGCCAAUCCAGCCGCGAUGAGCUUCCCGAGCGCACCACCGCAGCUGCCCGUCCAGCACCCGCGCCUCCAGGCCCUGAAAGAGGAGCCCCAAACGGUGCCCGAGAUGCCCGGCGAGACCCCACCGCUCUCUCCUAUCGACAUGGAGAGCCAGGAGCGGAUUAAAGCCGAGAGGAAGCGCAUGAGAAACAGAAUCGCCGCGUCCAAAUGCCGGAAGAGGAAACUGGAGAGGAUCUCCCGGCUGGAGGACAAAGUCAAGACCCUGAAGUCGCAAAACUCGGAGCUCGCGUCCACCGCCAACAUGCUGCGCGAGCAAGUGGCACAGCUCAAGCAGAAAGUCAUGAACCACGUCAACAGCGGCUGCCAGCUCAUGUUGACACAACAGCUGCAAACCUUCUGAGGAGAGCCGAAGGACAUUUUGAGUUCAGCCACAUAAACAAACUUCAGGGGCUUGAUGUCUGCGAUCUGGCGCGACAGAGCCCGCGGGGACCGGGACCGUCCGGCCGGCCGCGUGCCGUUAAAGGAUGAUCCGACUGGACUUUUGAGGAGCGCAAAACUUCACUCGGUCCGACAGAGACGCAGAGCGCAUGAGACUCACUCUGUUACAUGUUUUACUUUCUGACGAAAUCCUUGUUCACAUCGACCAGGUUGUGCAUGGACCUAUACGCUUCAAAGGAGCACUCAGUAUUAUAGGAGUAAAACAGAGACGCGACUGCCGUACAGUAGGGAUACUGGCUCACCAAGCAGGACGUUGUGUCUGCUAAACUUUUGAUAAAAAAGCUGCCUGACUUCUGAGCUACAUAUUGUACUUUUUUUGUUGUUCUUAAAUUGAACGGAAAUCGACUUUUUUCCUUUUGAGUUAGUCCAACUUAAGCAGUUUCUUUUUCUAAAAAAAAAGUUCAUUAAUGAGGUUUCACUCAUUGUUAUUUGUAAAUAUGAUCAACCAGGAGUACUUAAGUUUACCAUUUGUAAGUAAAGUACAAUAAUUUUUUAUGUUUGUUUUCUGAGCACCUCAGAAACUAAUCAAUAUUUAUGAACUGUAAUAAAGUAUGUCAAAUGAAAAA